CGGGCGCUGGGGCGAGCACACAUCCCGCACGUAGCCGGCGUAUUAAUCAGCGCGGGGCCAUCUGCCGCCUCGGUCCAUAAAUCGGGCGGGGGCUGCCGGGCGCCGUUCCCUCACGGCCUCGGGGCGCGGGGGCUGGUCCCGCACGCCGCUCGGGCGGCAGCAGCAGCAGCGCGGGGCUCCGGCCGCACCGCCGCCCCCGCAGCGCCGGGCCGCGGAGCGCAGUCCAGCCCGCCGCGGCGAAAGUUUCGCCUGGCCCCGCGCCGCGGCGGAGCCCCUGCCGGGGUCGGCCUGGAGCCGGCGGCGGCCCGGCGGGCAUCGCCUCUCGACGCGGGCGCCGGCAGGUCAGCGGCGCGCCCGUCCCCGCCGCGCCAUGCCGCUGGGGCACAUCAUGAGGCUCGACCUGGAGAGAAUCGCCCUGGAGUACGUCGUGCCCUGCUUGCACGACAUCGGCUUCUGCUACCUGGACAACUUCCUGGGGGAGGUGGUGGGGGACUGCGUGCUAGAGCGGGUGAAGCGGAUGCACCGCGACGGGGAGCUGGCCGACGGGCAGCUGGCCGGCCCCAGCCGCGGCGUCGCCAAGCGGCACCUCCGCGGCGACCAGAUCAAGUGGAUCGGGGGCACGGAGGAGGGCUGCGAGGCCAUCAACUUCCUCCUCACGCUGAUAGACCGGCUGGUGAUGUACUGCGGGAGCCGGCUCGGCAAGUACUACGUGAAGGAGCGAUCCAAGGCUAUGGUUGCUUGCUAUCCUGGAAAUGGAACUGGGUAUGUUCGUCAUGUGGACAAUCCAAAUGGUGACGGGCGCUGCAUCACCUGUAUUUAUUACCUGAAUAAGAACUGGGACUCCAAGCUGCAUGGUGGAAUUCUUCGGAUAUUCCCGGAAGGAAAGUCCUAUGUAGCAGAUGUUGAGCCGAUUUUUGACCGAUUACUUUUUUUUUGGUCAGAUCGAAGGAACCCACAUGAAGUCCAGCCUUCUUAUGCAACCAGAUAUGCCAUGACUGUGUGGUAUUUUGAUGCCGAAGAAAGAGCAGAAGCCAAAAAAAAGUUCAGGAACUUAACCGAUGCAAGGAAGAGAGAAGCACCUCUUAAUGAAGACUAAUCAACUGUUCCUGAACUCUUUUGUGAGGAAAUAAGAUCCCAAAGAUGACUGCCAUUUCCAGCAAACAAGGGCAAAUUCUUGUUAUGUACAAGAAUGCACUGGUUGUGUCUAGCAUGUGCAUCUUAUAUUGAUGGUACUUAAGGCAGCCUCCUGUGAUGCCUGCAUCUGGCAGAAGGAACACUUGUUCUCUCUUUGCCUUUUGCUGGAAAAAGUAACCAGGGUUAAAAAAAAAAAAAAAGAGUAUCACUAAGCCUAGUAGUAGUGGCUUAGCCACCUGGCUUUUGAACACUCUUGUAACCCAGACAAUGAUCAUUGGAACUAGUGGUAAAAACCUGAGUCUUACUUGCACUUUAUGGGGGGAAAAAAAUAGUCUAGCUCAAUGGGAAGGAGCUUCACAAGUUUAAGAGCUGUGGCAGACUGCUAAUGGGUAAGGAGAGAUACUGGAAAUGUGAAAUUAAACCGGAUUUUUGUAGAGCGUCUUGUGGUCUGUCCCACACAGGCCUGUCAAUGUACUGCUUUGCACAUCACUUUGCUGCAUAGAACAUUGGCAGAACAUUGGCUCAGCUCUUUGAUAGCAUGACUUUCCAAACAGAUUUUUGUCUACACAGUCAUCACAUUUCCUGGAUUUUGUUUGCUUUUCAAGAGUCAGGUUCUAGCUGUGCAGUUGUGCUGCCCUUUCUGUCCCAGGACAGAGGGGGAAGUAGUUAUGCAUCUGUCCACAACUUUGUAAAACCAUUUCCUUUCUGUUCUGAGCGGGAUGGGUUGUACAUUUUCUAUUUUCACAGUUUGGUAAAGCAACUGUUUUCUCCCAAAAGUUUGGUAAACUUGGAAGGCUGAUGGCACAGAAUGCAUUGGCACUAAAGGACAAUGAUAUGUAGAGUUAAGUGUUAUUUUCGUGACUUCUCCAUCUACUAUGUUUUGUAUGACACAGAUAUGAAUCUGGAAGGAAAAGGUAUGUCUGGCAGUCUGACAAAUGUAUGAUAAAUAAUGGGUAACCUAGACUUGAUUCCUAUGCUGCUUAUCCUUAGUUAACACACUUGUUUAACUUUGCAUGUGUAUGUAAUCUGAAUGAAACAGUGAUUCUGUUUCAAUUGAUCUGUUAUGCCAGGUAACUACUUCUGCUGUGUCCAAGCCAUGACUCAAAUGGCAAAGCACAUAUUUUUUUUUUCUCCUUUUUUUUUUUUUUUAAACUUGUUAGACUCAAUGAAUAAGUGGUGAGCUAUCUCCAAUCUGCCUAAGCUUCUACAACCAGCACUUACUAUGCAGUUCAGAAUAGCUCUUAAUGAAGUUGGGAGCUGGUGGUGGAUGUAUUUAUCAAUCACACUAAUUGUUCUCAACCUAAUACACUCACUUGCAUUCAUUUUUGUCUCAUGUUGUCAGUGUGUAUGUCAGACCCUACUAAAUGUUCCAAAUAUAUGCCCUCUUCAGUGUCCCAUAUUUUCCCAUACCACCUGGCUGCAGUGGUGAAGGUGGUCUGUCUGAACUGCUGGCUCCUGCACCAGUUCACCACGCUGUGCCAGGCUGUCAUGCUAGUGAUGGGUCUGCGGGCCAGCUCUGUCGCACUUGAGCUAGGGAAUGAAAAGGUAGUGUGCAAUGGCAAAUAUUAAAUGUCAGUGACAGAAGGGUAACAGCUGCAUAGGACAGAAAAGAAAUAAAUUUCAUGACGUAAAAAAUGGUAAUAGAAGUGGAGUAUUUUUUUAAGGAGUUCUGUCUCUUAAAAAAAGGGGAAGGAAAGAAAAAAAAAAAAAGCUGAGCAUCCUUCAGCCUGUCCUUGAAUUCUGAAUGUAAAUACAGUAGUGCUAAGAAACUCCUUGUUCUCUCUGGCUUCUCCCAGAGAUCCAGCUAUGGUCUUACGGGCUGGACUUUGUUCAGCCUGACCACUGUGCACCUUAAGAGAGGAAUAUGAGGGAACAUGUGUGACAAAUAUUCUUAUAACUCGAGACUAGAGAAAGACAAAUAAUCUGAUAAAUGUCCUUUAAUGUUAGGAAAAACAUUAUUCCACUGCAGUUGCUUCUAAGUAGCACAACAUAGACUUGAAGGAAACUUAACAAAAACUUGAAAUUCUCAUCCUGCAGUGUUCAUGUGGGAGGAGAAAGAGUUAGGGCUUUUUCCUGAGAGUGAGAGGUAACCCUUUGAAAGAUGGGAGGUGACGAAAAAAGGGGGGGCCACAGGAUUAUUAUUUAAAAAGGUGGGGGGGCACCCAACCUGUUUUAUUGCUAUGCAAAGUUGAUAAUGGCAUGUAAAUUUGAAACUCCCACUUGAUAGUAGAAGGGGCAAAGACAGCUAAAACAGAGCAGAGCAACUCUUGCUUUGCCUUUAGAAACUGUAACCUUAAAAAAAUGCACUAUAAAGAGAUGUUAGUACACAUCUCAUGGGAGCCUGGAACAGUGAAAAGAUGAUGGGAUGGGAGGGGAAAAGGCUUUGUAUAAAGGUUGGAAAAGAAAGGUACUUCAGUUACCGCUAUUGCUACCACCUGGCUUCAGCUGUGGUCAGCAACACAUGUGUGGUGGGUGGAGCAUAGAGCAGUAUAGAUGCAUUUAUUGUAAAUAAAAUACAUAUUUUCAUUUUUGGCCAAUAUCUUCCUGAUCUAGAUAGAGAGAGCAAUUAUUCUGUGGCAGAGAGCAUUGUGUUAAUAAAGAAAAAGCAGCUGAGGGCACAGGAUUUUGAGACCAAUUCCUCAGUCCUCUGUUCCAGACCUUUACCCUGUUUUCAGGUCAGUGGGAUGAUCUCCUUGCAGACGCUGUAGUUUAAAUGGGGGGGUGGGUGAAAUUGUCUGAAGAACUGUGGGGGGAAGCAGGUUGCUGCAGUAGGGAGGGCAUUUCAAGAGAGUCUUUCCUUGUGUUUUGUCUUUACGGCAAACCAUUUGAAACACCUACAGCUAACAGCACUUAUCACCCAGUUGUGAAAAAGAGUGUUUUCUCCAAGGCAUUUAAUUUUUAGUCCUCCAAAAGUUUUGUUGCAUGUUUUUUUUUUUUUCCAACCUUUAGGUAAUGUGCCUUCAUCAUUCAUAUCUCUGAAGAUGUUACAUGCCACAUGUGCAUGUCAUGCAAGUUUUUGAUGGCUCUUUAAGAAAUAUGGUUGCCUUUCCAAAUGCAAUUGUGUUGGAAAAAUAUGCAGAGCGACCAAGCCACAAUUUCCAACAGGUGGUUUUUGUUGUGCAGGGAGGAAAAAGGCCAGGAGACAGUACUGAAAAUCAAGAGACUAUUUUUAUUCUUAAACCUGUAACCACUGGCCUUUUGAGCAAAGUAGCCUCUAAUAAAUCUUAUUUUCUUAAGAUUACUUCUGGUUCCAUGAGGAAUGGCCUUUGCAAAGUAGUCUCUAAAAAUAUCCACUCUUUUUUUCCUUCUCUUUUUAAACAGUUUUAGUCCUUUCCUAUUGCGUUUUUUAAAAUGUUGGAAUAUAAUAUAUGUAUUUGUUGUUGUUGUUGCAAAAUAGCUGGCUCUAACACCACUUGCAUCUAGAAGAAAAUGUAUCUAUUUGCAGGCAAAUAACUAGUUCUACUUCGACUGUGAUGUACUCCCAGCAGCUAUCUGAGAGUGAGUUAUGGCUACAUCUUCUCUUGUCAGGUUGUAUGCUGGUCAACAAUGCUGGCACUUUGCAUCAGAUUGAUAUAGAAACCUCUAGUAAUAUUUUACCAUACAUCACAUUUUGUAUUCCUGUUACUAUUAAAAUAAAAAGUGGCAGGAGUCAAUAAACACUGGGUCACGUUAAA